AUGGCAGCGCAAUUAUGCGAUGCAUAUUUCACCGCCAUCAAUCUCCAGUACCCCAUUCUUCACCGUCCUACGUUCGACAGUAUGCUCGAUCAGGUAUACGAACAAGACAAUGAAGACCCAGUCAUUAGAUUCCAAACAUUCAUGGUCCUAGCCAUAGGCUCUGCCGUCCUUUCCGGUCGCAUCAGAGCUCGCAUCCCAGCAGAAUCAUACUGUCUAUCCGCCCUUCAAUAUCUCGACGACCUCAAUCUCGAAAACUCUUUACAAGGCGCACAGUGUCUUUUACUACUUCUCGUAUUCACCAUGCAUAGCCCCUCUGUUCGUUUAAACGUGUGGUAUCUAAACUACCACUGCAUCGCUACCCUGCUUGACCUUGGACUACAGAGAAACAUUAGCGCGGGAGCUGGAAUUUCGUUGUUGGAGCAGGAAAUGAGAGCGCGUAUAUUUUGGGUUAUUUAUACGUUUGAUCGUGUUAUCGCUACCAUGAUGGGAAGGCCUAUCGGGAUACGAGAUGAGGGUUGUGAACUUCGGAUGCCUAUUGGUUUGUCGGAUGAACAACUCGCCAUACCGUAUCAACAGAGUACGGAAACGUCGAGCGAGAUGACGUUUGCUAUCCAUCUGUUCAAAGCUGCCAAGCUAAACUCGGAGAUCAAGUAUAUUGCCCAGAGUAUAGUCAGAGACUCACCCAGAUACGCAUAUCCACGAGUUGUCGAUAUCAACGAUUGGCAAACCACCAUGCUACACCAACUUGAUGAGUGGGCGAGCCAAAUCCCAAAUCAAGAUGACCCUUCAGCUGUCUACUUGCGAACGACAUGCCAGAUACGAUACCAUGGUCUUCGAAUGCUGCUCCUCAGACCAAGCCCCGGUAUCCCAAAACCCUCAAAUGAAGCUUUGGUACAGUGCCACAAGAGUGCUCGCGAGAGCAUACAGUUGUUUGACCAGCUUUAUAAAAAGAACUUGCUCGUGCAUAGCUGGACUACUUUCCACGGUCUAGUUCUGAGCACAAUCACUCUGCUGUACUGUAUCAAGGUCGUACCUGAUAUUGCCCGCGCGACAGAGGUGGACGCUUUGAUGGCUGAUCUGAGUAUAUCCCUCAGUGUGCUGAGUGCCACGGGCGAACAUUGGUCUGGUGCGAAGCGCAGUAGGGAUAUUUUGGAUGAACUUGGCAAGUCAACUAUUCGACAUCUCAAUGACCAAACUGGUGUGAAUAGUCGUUCAGUCUCUCAGACCAUCAAUCAUAGACCUGCUCCAGCGGAAGUAUUGGAUGUUUCAGGGCUGGGUUUACAAACUGCACCCAUGGACACAUCGUUGAUGAAUGCAGAUAGUAUGGGCUUCUUGCAGAAUCCGUUUGAUGAUUGCAUGUUUAACGAGUCAUUCGCUGGAUACUUUGAGACGGAUUCCAUCAACGUUGAUAACAUUGUACGAGACCUGUUUCAGGAUUUUAUUCCUACAUACACGGCCGAACUAUAA